GAAAAGCCACACAGCGCAACGUUUUUGACCGAGCCACUUCUUGCGCUGGUCUCCAGAGCUCGAGCAACUUCUGAUAGCCAGUAUAUAAAUUCAAUUGACUUCAGCACUUGAACUGGUCACAACUGCGAGUGUCCCAACCUGACCCAAAGGUCCAAUUCAGGGCGUCUUCACGCCGGGCCAUUUAAACCGACUAGCCACAAUGCAAAUCAAGGUAUUAUACUUCGCCAAGAGCCGUGAGGUCGCUGGCGUCAACGAGCAGACGUUUGAGCUGGGGGAUGGAGCGCACACGGAGGACCUGCUCGCACAGAUUAUAGCUGCGCACCCGGCGCUGGAUAGCGUGAUGAAGACAUGCGUGUUCGCGCUCAAUCAGGAGUACGUGAGACCGCAGGACAAAGAGGCGCUGAAGGAUGGCGACGAGGUGGCCAUCAUCCCCCCGCUCAGCGGAGGGUAACAGGCGUCACUGGGUAGCACGCAUGAGCGAGGCGGCAGAGUCGCCCCCUGAUGAGUGCUGAUAUGGGUGCCAUGCCAGUUCAGAGGGUGACACUAGCGUGUCCACAGACCGUGUCCACAGACCGGGUUAGUGCCUAGUGCAGCCUAGCGCAUAUAUGCAUUUCACAGACGGGGGGGGGGGGGACUGAAGGCAGUGACCAGUGCGUGUGCCGCAUGCAGCAUCCUGUACGGCGACGACGUUGAGGUGGCGUUACUGGCUGGCCGUAGUGGGGUGUGUAUGUGUAUGUGUGUGGCGGCGGCGCUGUGUCGCCUGGGUGGCACUGUUGAUGGACAUGACGGCGGGGGCCUUGGGGGUGGGGCAUGGUGGUUUUGCUGGUGUCGCGGCGGCGGCGGUUGGUGGUCUGGCGGCGGCGGUUGGUGGUGUGGCGGCGGCGGCGGCGUGCUCAUACCGGUAGUGGUGAUUCACGUGGGCAAGGGGCUCAGGGUAGGGUCCAGCCCUAGACCGCUGAUGAUAGUGCUUUGAACGGACGCAGGUUGGCAGGUGCCCAAGCAGGCAGGCAGGUGCCCAAGCAGGCAGGGGUGUCCAUGUGGCAGGCAUAGGGGUUGCGGAGACGGCAGAGGGGUGCUCACAGCAAUGUGGACUGGGGGCGCCGUGGCAACGGACAGAGCGGCAGUGAUGUGGCAGUGGCGUGGAGGAGGGGGGUAAUGAGACACAGUGCGUUGCUGCGCCCUGCCGGCCGGCAGUGACCGCCAGCAUAGAGGCUCACGCGACGGAGAGUUAGCUGCGUGGUGUGCGCAUUCACGUGUGUGUUUUUGUGUGUGCAGACUGGAGGACGACCGUCACAGGGCGGGCACGGACGCGCACCAAUAGAGAUGGAGGCUCUGCUGAGGCUGUACAGGCUCUGAGAGUGAGAGACUCAGAUUAU